CUGCAUAAUGAUCAUAGUUAAUAAUAACACAGAAUGUAAGCUUACAAUAAAACUGUAUUUCCAAAUUUGAAAAAACUUUUAAUUGAAAACUUAUAAGAUGUAUCUUUCCAACAUAAUACUCAUGUAAACGGUCUUGUCAUUUUUUUCAGAUUCAAAGGUGAAUGCCUGGUAGCACAAUAUGGAAAAGUCAGCUGUGGAGGAAUGGACUGUUGAAAAUGUAGUGGAGUGGAUUUCUGGCUUAGGUCUGGGCAACUUCACGGCAAAAUUUACAGGUGAAGAAAUAGAUGGUGAGACUCUUUUAGGUCUGACAGAACAUAUGAUUGGAAAAAUCUUCCGAACUAUGAAGGACCAAGUCAAAUUUUUAAAGGCUCUCGAGAACCUUAAAAGGUAUCCAGACCACAUAAUGUACAGUACUGUGCUAAGUACUUUGUGCUGUAAGUACAGAUUUCUAAGGGAUGACAGCCAAACUGGAUAUGCUACUCUACUUGAAAUACUGAGAAAUAAAUUCAAAAAAGAGAGAAAGACACUUAUUUCAGUGGAGACUGUAGAAGACAUGAAAAAAAAGUUUGGUGCUGUGGGUCGAGGAAGGAAGCGUGCACCAGAGCAACAGCAACCGCUCAUGGAAAAGAGAAGAGAAUCUAUGCAAAGUGAGGAGUUCCCAGGAGAAGACGAGCAUAGUACUGUACACACUCGGGAAAGAAUGAUGGAGAAGAAGUCCACUGAAGAAGUCCUUGGUCUGUUUCCAUUCCUAAAGCAUCCUAAACUGCUGUUGCACGAAGUAGAACUACGUUUUGGAGUAAACUUGGAACGGAACCUAAUGAGUGGCCUAUCCAGAAUGGUAGAUCCUAUUUUCAGACUUUCUAGUGGGCAUCUUCUAACUACUGUGAUGUCCUACAUUGAAGAUGCUUCAGAUAAGACACAGGAAAAUGGUAAUGUAUAAGAAAUAUUUAUUGUACAUCAAAUUGUUUUGACCUAUCUCAGAAUAGGAUCUAUAAAUAACUAUUAAACAGAAAAUGAUGCAACUUCAUUUCAUACACUUAGAGCAUAAUAUUUCAUGGGGAAGAUAGCUGGUAUUUAACUCUCACAGGGGCAUAAAAACCAAUGCGAAAAACCUGCAUGAACAGAUUUUUAGAAACUUUGUUGAUACUGUUCUUAACAUUUUUUUGCUCCAAUCCACAAUAACGUUUGUAUCAGUGGUGGUCAGUCCUGGUCCUGGAGAGCUACAGUCUUGUGUGUGUUUUUUUAGGUACCUUUAAAUCAUUUAAACUAUUCUUUAUCUGUGCAGUUUAGCAAAUAAUGAAUUCAUGAAUGUAACUGAGAGCACUGGUGGAAUGCAAAGCCAAAGAUCCUGUACCUCUCAGACCAGGGUUGCUCAACAUUCUUCCGUUUGCUUUGUACUUUGUAUAUGAUCUGAUACCCUAUUUGUUUUUUUAGGACUGAGAAUGAAUGCUGCAUUGUUGCUGUUGCCAGCUUUGUUUCGAGAGAGGGAAAAUCUGUUGUUUGUUGUUGACCAAGUACCACCAUCACCUACGCCAACUAUCGUUUUCAAGGGAACAACAAGCCCAUUGGCAGCAGAUGACAUCUCUGUUUGUGUUGAUGGAAUUGAGAUACUCAGUGAUUAUCCAGGAAUGGAUAUCACCCUUGCUGUUGAAUGUAUUUUUUCUCUUUAUUUUUCCUUGGGCAUUGAGUAUCCUAAAGCUCUAAAAAAAAUUCUGACUUUCAUGGAAAGGUACUUCAUGAAGCUGAGUACCUCUGACAAAGUACCUUUGCCAGUGUUAAAGAUGUACAGUCAAAUAACUGCACUUUUACUUGGGGAAUAAUUAUAUUGAUCUGAUGGAAUGCCAUUUUAACAUUUAAUCUGAAAUUAAAUGAAUUUAUUGUGUCAACUAUUUAAUUUGAUUACAAAAACAGAAUGUUUGAUAUAAAAAUGUAAUUGUACAUAUCAAAAAAAGUAUUUAUUUUAAAUGUAAAUGGCUGAUUAGAAAAUUAAUUGUUUAUAACAAAUGUAAAUUGUUUUUAAUAGAAGUUUUGAUCUCAAAAAACUAAUAAACAUUCAGUAUUAAUUUAUAGAUAUCAUAAACUCAUAAUAAGCUCUGAUCUAAAUACUGUACUGUAGCUCUUCUAAUUUGUGCCACCAAAAAAUGAAUAAGAAAAAAGAAACCCACGUUCAUCAGUUUCAAUAUACAUUUGAUCUCAGCUUUUUCAAGGUCUAUUACAUGUUCUUGAAAAUGUAUUUUGUGUAAGUUUCAGGAAAAUCUGUGGGAUGCAUAGAUUUAUUUUCCAGUUUGCUGCGAGACCCUUUUUUUCACUGUGUAAAUAAUAUGGUUUAAUUAUUAAAAACACACAGGUUGAAUAAAACUGUGUAAAACUGUAUAUAACUAAACCUGAAACUGAAACUACUCUAAUGGUUUAACCUGU